AUGCCUCCAAAGCGAAAGCUUCCGCCCGCCGAGGGAAGCUCCCCGCUCAGCGACGAUGUAGCUCAACCCUCGAAACGGAUUCGCCUUGCGCCUAGAGCCUACGACCCGCCCUCUCGCGAUAUACUGACCAACAUAUCUUCCGAGCUACUCCUGCGAAUCCUCUCCUUCCUGUCCUCCUCCGAGCUUCUCUCCAUCUCUCCCACCUCCCGCCGUCUCUAUCGCCUUUGUUCCGAUCCGCAUCUUUGGCGGGAGCACUACUACGAGCGCUUCGUCCUCCCUCGAGCUUUACGUAUUCCUGGCUUUCGAGGGGGUGCAGCUGGAGGAACAAGACUACAGUACUCUGCGCGACGGGCCGUAUGGGCGGAUGGACGGAAGGGCAGGGUAGUGGACGUCGGGCAGGACGAUGCGCUCAGCAACGCAACCGAGGGCGUGGACUGGAAGAGACAGUACAAACUGCGACACAACUGGGCUAGAGGCAAGUGCGCAGUAGAAGAAGUCAGCGUACGAGAUGGUUUAGGGGACAGCGGUGGACAAAAGAGAACACUGGUCAAGGUGGUUGAGGGCAUCGCGAUAACGGCCGAUUCGGAAUCUGGACUGCGCGCAUGGGACCUGCGAACACGGCGACCGAUUGCGCAAAUCGACCUCUACGAAAACGACGACUGUAGCGAGAGUGCGCCGGCAUCAUUGGCGGUGGAUGAGUGUGGCUCGGGCAACCUGGUGGACAUUGUGGUCGGAUUCGCAGAUGGUGGCUUCGGAAUAUGGAGACUGGAUCCUAAGCGCAAAGAGUUGACAAGACGGUAUCGGCACGAGAAGAGCUGCAACGGAGAACUUGUCGCGGUGGCAUGCGGGCACCCCUAUGUGCUCACAGCGACGAGCGCAGGCUUGAUAUCGCUUUAUACAUUCAAUCGGCCGGCAGCCGACAGAGAAACAAGCGGGGAAGACGAUAUCGACGGCGACGACUCGACGAGCAUAUCGAACCCGUCGAGCGCCUCAUCCUACGAACAUACGAAACCUCAAGAUCCGAAGGUGACACAGGGGCACCUCCCGCCUCCCUACCUCCUCACAUCACUCAGGUCGCACACUACACACCUCCCCCUAGCCCUCUCCAUCCGUCGCAUGUCGUCCUCCGUGAGCGCCUCCAUCGCCUACACCUUCUCGGUGCGUGACGGUUGGUGCAUUGGCGUGCAGGACCUCCUCAUCAAGCCAUCGCCCUCAGGCAACGACGAGAUCACUUCCCGCCUCGCCUCGACGCUGCCUAUCACAUUCUCCCCGAAGCUCACGACGCUCUGCUACAGCCACCCGUACCUCCUCGCCACCCUCCCCGACAACACGCUAGUCCUACACCUCUGCACCUCGACGGCGACGUCUCUAUCACUUUCCCCGCCCAUCCGCCUCUGGGGCCACACUUCAGGCAUCUCGGACGCUGAGAUCACGCCCCGGGGCAAGGCCGUGAGCAUCAGCACGCGAGGCGAUGAGAUUCGCGUGUGGGAGCUAGAGGGACGGGUCGGAGGCAACAGCAUCGAGGUACGACCUACGACUAGGCAGCCAACCGAUGACGCAGACAGUCCUCCGCCACCGCGGACGCCUCCGCGAGUCCUAGCUGAGUGGGAGGAUCGCAGGAACUGGGUUGGCUUUGACGACGAGAUGGUCAUCGUGCUCAAGGAGGCGCGGGACGGCCGCGAGAGCUUGAUGGUCUACGACUUUACGUGA